GUGGUGUGAUGGUCUCUGAGGAAGAGCCCUGCAGAGCACAGACUGCUUUUGAAUUAGAGCAGUUCAGAAAGUCAGGCUUCAGAAAGCCUGAAACAAGAGAUGACCAAGUGUCUAAGGAACAGGAACUCAAAGCACAUCAAGGCGGAGAGGAAGGCUUAUACAUAACUAGUGCAGUUACACUGGAAACGAGCAGCAGUGUAAGCAGUUUGUGCCAGGGAGAUGGUGCUGAUGUUGACCUUCAAGGGCCCAGCAUUGUCUCUGACCAAGCAGUAGGCAGGCAAGGAAAUGAAGGCUGUAAUGGCUCAAAGGAAGAAAUAGGUAUUUGUGAAGGACCUUCUCCUAGGGAAGGAAGGGAGGGCUCUGCUGCAGAAGGCACUGCUAACCACAGCAAAGACAGUGCACUCAGUCUAGAUGUGUCUGAUGUCUUUGAUGAGUCUGUGAACAGGGAGAUCCAUAACACUUGCAUGCUGGGCCUGGAUAAUAUAAGUACCUGCAGCACUAACAGCGAGGAAAUGGAUGACAACUUAUCCCACAUCCUGGGAAGUAACAGCAGUCUCUAUAAAACGGUGCAGAAGCCAACGAAGAAUGAGAACAGUGGGAAAGCUUCCAGAUUUUUAGUAUUCUCAAAAAUGACAUCUUUCAGGAAAACUAAGCCUGCCACAGCAGAAAAUCAGGGAAGUAGCAGUUUCUUUGGCAUCAAGGCAAAGAUAGAAGAGCUGGAAGCUGGGAAAGAUGAUGAAGACAAUGCAAGUUUACUGUCUUUCAAAAGCUGUCCAUCUGGUUUAGUCUUCCACAGGAAGGAAAGUUACACCUCUGAGUACUCUGAUGAUGAUGAUUUAUUCUAUGAGAGACCUUCAGGAUUAUUCAACAGAUUGAGCCUGAGGAAGGCCUCUGGCUCUGGUCGGAUACUGAUGGAAGACGCAGAUACGAAUUCAGCUUCUCCCUGUGUGGGACCUGGCAAAUAUGCAGAUCGACAAGUUUCAGGUUCAUCUGAAAACAAUGACGGUGAACCUGUGGAGCACUCCGGGAUUAGAAAAUCAUUCCCUGAAAACGAAUGCAAAAGGAACAAAACCCCUGAGGGCAAGAAGUUCAAGACAAGGUUGGCCUUGGCACACAAAUCCCUCUCAAGCUUAUUUGAGUCCAGAUCUACAGAAAAGGAAAACACUGAGCAGAGUUCGAGAGUAGCACUGAAAAAUGAAAAGGAGAAAGCCAAACUUCGCCAGAGCACCUGGAAAGCUUUUCUAAAAAGCAAGGAGGCAGAUGGACUGAAAAGGCCUGUCUUAGCAAGUUUAUCACCGACACAGGAGGGUCUGAGUGCAACGGGUGGCCGUGUGGUGAGAACAUCCGGAGAGCGACAGGGUAGUUCCAAUGGACACACUUUUUUUAAAAGAGAAGCAGAUAAUGGCUCCAACUAUUUUGACAGCUCUGUGGAACCUCUUGAUGUCUCUUCACCUGCAGGUAUGUGGAGAAGACGAAUACAGUCCCAUGACUUGGGCAUUAAAUACUCACAGAGUUCUGACUGCGAUGAACAGCAGGAGGUUCUCAGCAACAGUUUAAAUACUUCCCUAGAGGAAUACUGGAUGAAAUCUCCAUUUAGCCCCGCUGACUUGCAGUUGGCAUUUAGUCAGUCAAGUCCAUCGUGUCCCCACCUCUCAAAUUCCGAUGGUAAAGACAUGCCUUGUAGGCCCAUGAGUCCCAAACCACAGAGUCCACGAUCCACUUCUCACCACAAGACCUUCCGUUAUCCUGGAAGGGUGUGUGCCACUUCCAUGAUUUCUCUUGGGAACAGCUCUGGAGUUGAAAGCUGUUUGGAGGCUCCUGAGAGACCAAAGACAUUGAAACCCAGGGGUAGUCUCUUAUUUUCUGUGCACUCACUGGACACCGAAUACCAGAGGGAUGACAGUGGCAUAAGCAGCCAAUCCCAGAUCAGCUUAAAUACAGCCUCUUCCAUUAGUGACAUGCUCCAAGAUGAGUGCUGUGCCAAACUGCACUGGAUCAGCUUGCCCUGGCCACCUCUGGCUGCCACUUUGGAGUGUAGACAGCAAUGUCAAACGGCGCCUGAAAAGAGGCCAAAUAAGAAAUGGGUUCCCCAUCGCAAAAGGAGGCCCCCCCGGGUCCCACCAUCCCCCCGCCCUGACUCCACCCUGGAGAGCAAAGCCUGGAGGCUUUCCUUCCUUGCUCCAGAUGAAAAAGCCAAGGAGAUUCCAGAGAGGAGGAGGAAGAGACCGAAACCCCUCUAUAAGUGUUUCAGCUUCGAUGAUGUUUGGAUGGAGAAGAACCAAAAAAGGAAGCUAGAGAAGGAGACACGGCCAGAGAGAGGGGCUCAAGUGCAGCGUCUCCCGGGGGACCCAUUAAAAGCUGGAAGAAGUCCAUCCAUCACAUCUCCUGUUGCCUUUGACAUGCUGCCACUGAAACUGCAUCCAUUUUCCCAGAGCACUCCGACAGGCUUGGACUGUGUGGGCUGGAAACGGCGCAUCUCUGCUCCCGUGAUCGCUGACGGGGCCCUGGAUAAGACAGCUCUGACGGACGAUGUGGGGAGCGAGGAGGACCUGUACGAGGAUUUCCGGAGCUCCAACCACCGCUACGGCCACCCCGGGGGCGGCGGGGAGCAGCUGGCCAUCAACGAGCUCAUCAGCGAUGGCAGCGUGGUGUACGCAGAAGCCCUGUGGGACCAUGUCACCAUGGACGACCAGGAGCUGGGAUUCAAGGCCGGCGAUGUCAUUGAAGUGAUGGACGCGACCAACAAGGAGUGGUGGUGGGGGAGGAUCCUGGACAGCGAAGGCUGGUUUCCAGCCAGCUUUGUUCGGCUGCGAGUGAACCAGGAUGAGCCCAUGGAAGAUUAUCCCCUGAAGGUGGAGGGGGGCAGAGAGGACGACUCCCGGCGCUUCGGGAUGGGCCAGACCACCAAAGACCAAAUGAGGACCAACGUCAUCAAUGAGAUCAUAAGCACAGAGAGAGACUACAUCAAGCACCUGAAGGACAUUUGCGAGGGCUACAUUAAGCAGUGCCGCAAGAGAGCUGACAUGUUUACAGAAGAACAGCUGAAGACAAUCUUUGGGAAUAUUGAGGACAUCUACAGGUGCCAGAAGAAAUUUGUUAAAGCAUUAGAGAAGAAAUUUAACAAGGACCACCCACAUUUGAGUGAGGUUGGCUCAUGCUUCUUGGAAUAUCAAACAGAGUUUCAGAUCUACUCUGAGUACUGCAACAACCACCCCAACGCCUGCAUGGAGCUGUCCCGCCUCACCAAGGUCAACAAGUACGUUUACUUCUUCGAGGCCUGCCGGCUGCUGCAGAAGAUGAUCGACAUCUCCCUGGACGGGUUCCUGCUGACCCCCGUGCAGAAGAUCUGCAAGUACCCACUGCAGCUGGCUGAGCUGCUCAAGUAUACCAACCCCCAGCACAGGGAUUUCAAAGAUGUCGAGGCUGCCUUGAACGCCAUGAAAAACGUCGCCCAGCUCAUCAACGAGAGGAAGCGGCGGCUGGAGAACAUCGACAAAAUUGCUCAGUGGCAGAGUUCCAUAGAGGACUGGGAGGGUGAAGAUGUCCUGGUCAGGAGCUCAGAACUCAUCUAUUCCGGGGAAUUAGCCAAAAUCUCCCACCCUCAAGCCAAGAGCCAACAGAGGAUGUUCUUCCUCUUCGAUCACCAGCUUGUCUGCUGCAAGAAGGACCUUCUGCGCCGGGACAUCCUGUAUUAUAAGAGUCGGAUCAACAUGGAUGACAUGGAAAUACUGGAUGUAGAAGAUGGCAAGGACAAGGACUUCAAUAUCAGUGUAAAAAAUGCAUUUAAGCUGCACUGCCGAGACACUGAGGAAGUCCACUUGUUCUGUGCAAAGAAGCCUGAGCAGAAGCAGCGCUGGCUGAAGGCGUUUGAGAACGAAAGGAGGCAGGUGCAGCUCGACCAGGAGACAGGUUUUUCAAUCACCGAGGUGCAGAAGAAGCAGGCCAUGCUGAAUGCCAGCAAGCAGCACCACGCUGGGAAACCCAAGGCUGUCACCAGGCCCUACUACGACUUCCUGAUGCGGCAGAAGCAUCCCACCCUGCCCACCACGCUCCCUCAGCAGCAGGUCUUCAUGCUGGCAGAGCCCAAGCGCAAGCCCUCGAACUUCUGGCAGAACAUCAGCAGGCUGACGCCCUUCCGGAAAUAGGGGCAGCCCCGCGUUUGUGCCUGAACCCCUUCUGAGAAAGCACUUUAUCCGUCAGUCCUGGGAGGUGGAGCCCAGGUUCUUCCAAUCCUUUGUUUACAGAGGAUGGCACAUGUGCUCCUGCCUUCCCUAUUUAUUUUGCAGCCCGACUGACCGCCCUGGCUCCGGGGUGAGACACUGCGUGUGCAUUUGUGCCAGUGCCGCGGAGCCAGCCUCGCACAGCGCCCACGAGGCGGAGCUCCAGGAGGAGCUCACAGGAGGGAGCCUGACGUGCUUCAGCUGAAGAGAUUUUGCUUGUCAGCUGUACUUGGACUCACUCCUUCCCACUGUGCCCACCACUGCUGUCUGGCAGCUGUCAGAGGGGGUGGCAGCUGACAGACCCACUGCCGUGCUCAGAACAACAGUUCAGAGUCACUGACAUGACACACUGGCCGUGCAGGGACAAACAGCCCUUCUGCUCUGCCCCUGCCCCACGUUUCUCAGAGACAUGACCCUCCUACACAGGCCCAACUAACUCAGCCUCUGCAGGCCCUCAGACAGACACAGUGAGUACAGCACUGUGACCUCUCCUCUCCUCUAGUCCCAACACCACUGGUGAACGGUAUCGUACAUUAAACUGUGCCAACCUGCAGCAUGAGUCAAGUUCAAGAAUCUCUCUAGUGGGUUUGAGUUACAUAAGUUAGAGAAAAAUGUGCCUAAUUAAUACCGUACUCAAUUCCUUAGAUUCUCGUCUCUCCAUCGUUCUGCCAUAUUUCCUGGCCAAUGAAAAUGCUCAUUGUUUGUAAUGUGUUUAUUUAUGGUAAAAAUCAGAACUGUGUAUUUUGUAAGUCUGUAAUUGUUCUUGUCAGAUGUUGUUAACUUGAUGCCUGUUUUGUCUAAUUUUUCUUUUUUUUUUUUUUUUUUUAAAAAAAAGGUCAAUAUUUGCAAACCCGGCUCCCAGAAGUCAGAGUCUGCUGUUCAACUCUGAAACGCGAUUGUUAUGCAAACUCCCACAGACCUUCACAUUCAAGGCGUGUUACUGACACCUUUAAAAAAAUGGAAACCCGCUUUUUCAAAAGGCCUAAAUUUGGCAUAAGGAGCCUCCUUUAAGUACCCAAGUUUAAAACCGUGGCCAAAAAGAAUUAAUUUAAACCUUGGUUAGCAAAAGGAAAGAUUUGCCUUACCAUAGUGAGAGUUAGAAGCCAUACUGACUGAAUUCCCUAGCUUAGGAGACAUCCCGUGACAGUGGAAGGAAAACUCCUCCUCAUUCCAACUCAGCACUAGUGUGAGUGAGCACUAAGUGUCUGCAGAGCUCAGAAAUCCAGUGUUUAUUGAUGCUGUAGCUGACCAAAGUCUGGUCAUCCAGGGAUAUCUGAAUUCAGUAGCAUGUACAAAGUCCUUCUUGCACUAUAUCUUCCCCCCAGACCAGGGGCAACAUUUAAUUUCAUAAAGAAACUUGUAAAAGUGA